AAUAUUAAGCUUUGGGUUUUUUCCCUCCCUUUUCCCCUGAAUUUGCUCUUCCAAAGUUUUCCGGGGUUUCCAAGAACAAAGCCUAAACUGUCAUGGCUUGACAUUCUCAUCAUUUCCAUUUCCCUGAGUUGGUUUCUGGAGUUUUUUUUUUGGUUAACGUUUUAAGUGUGUAUCUGUGGUGAGGAAAGAGGGUGGGACCAGGGCGUGUGUGGUGUGUGGCUCCUGUUGGAGAAGAUAGCAGGCUAGACCUAGGCUGAGGAGAAAGCAGCCAGGCCCGACCCUAUAGCAGGAAAGUCUGAGAAAAGAAUAGACAACGGUUAUUUCUGAGGGCAAACUAGUGUUAUCUGGAAAAUAGGUCCUCUUGGUGCAUCCCAAAGGAUGUCUGCUUUCUGGGCAGAAAUGUUUGGGAAACAAUGACUCAUGUGCUGGACAGCCUCUGGGACUAUCACGGCCACACCCCCACUUCUUGAGCUGCCCCAGGAGGGACCCAGAAUUACCAAGGACUGAAGACUUUCUUGAGAAAGCUUCCUGUGGAUGAUUUUUAUGUCUGUUUUCCUCUCACAAGAGCAGAGGAGCAGUGAUGGUCCCUUCUGCCGGAUCUGCCAUGAGGGAGCAAAUGGGGAGAGUUUACUGUCUCCAUGUGGCUGUACUGGCACAUUGGGUGCCGUGCACAAGAGCUGUCUAGAGAGGUGGCUCUCCUCGUCCAACACCAGCUAUUGUGAGCUGUGCCACACAGAGUUUGCAGUGGAGAAGCAGCCCCGGCCCCUCACAGAGUGGCUGAAGGACCCCGGGCCGCGGACAGAGAAGCGGACACUGUGCUGUGAUAUGGUGUGCUUCUUGUUCAUUACACCACUGGCUGCCAUCUCCGGCUGGCUAUGCCUGCGUGGGGCCCAGGACCACCUGCGGUUGCACAGCCGGCUCGAGGCCGUGGGGCUCAUCGCUCUCACCAUUGCCCUCUUCACCAUCUAUGUCCUCUGGACGCUGGUCUCCUUCCGCUACCAUUGCCAGUUAUACUCUGAGUGGAGAAGGACCAACCAGAAAGUGCGCCUGAAGAUACGGGAUGUGGAUGGUUCCGAGGGUCCCCAGCACUCCCCACUGGCAGCUGGACUCCUGAAGAAGGUGGCUGAAGAGACACCUGUGUGAAGGCAGGCCUGCAGAGCCCUGUGGGAGAGAGGCCAGAGGUAGCUGGCCACACCCUGGCCUUUGGAGGGAUGGAAACUGCUUGACCCUUCCUGCAGGAGCAAAAUGCUUCUUAGGCCAAGAGACACCAAGUGGACCCUAUUCUGUGAUCCUGUGUGAAUAUAUUUUCAGGUUUUUUGCACAGUAUUGUGCAUGACAAAGACAGAUGGACAUGGUCCUGAGCUUUGAAUAAAACAGACACUCUGAUCUCAUUUUGAGAUCUAUUUGGCACCUUCUGGGCCAGCGACUGUGGCCAGUGUGUGAAGGCACGCUUUGGGCUGGAAGAUUCUAUCAGGCUUCUUGCGCUUUUCUGCACCUGGCAGGCUCGCUUUCCUGGCACCCUUGACUUUAUAUAAAGUUGCACUGUGUUUUAAAAACCCACCCCUGAAUGAAUAAAAGGAGCCCUUUGCAGGUCAAAA